AAUUUAUCGAAACGCAACUCUACAGAUGACGCACGAAGAGAACAAAGAUGGCGAUCCCUCCCGACCGAAAAAAUCGUGAAACGAGCUGAAUGAUAAAUAAAGAAUUUUUUAAUUGUAUUCAAACUCCCGCAAACGCAGUGAAAAAUAUUAGUUAGUAACAGUGUCAUGCGUACUUACAAUGUGUAGAAUAAAAAUUUAUCGCAGAACAGUUCGUUAUUAGCUGUGCAUUUGUACUUGGGUCCCCCAAAACACAUAAUCAAACGAGUUGUAGUAGACUGGGCUGCAUCAAAAGAAAAAAAAAAAAGUUGAUUAAUUCACGAAAAGGGACUGGCAAUUGAUUGGGAUUCUCGGUAUUAGCCAAGGAAAAAUAUGUAUAUGUAAUACAUAGGCCGUGGCUCGACGUCAACACUCGCUGCAACAAAAGGAAUUGCAUACAUAGAAUUGACAGUGGAUAUUAGGAUCUAUUGCAGAUAUGGCGACCAGUGACGACGAGCCGAUGCACCUUUAUGAGGUGUUUCAAAACUGCUUCAACAAGAUUGCCAACAAGCAGCCCACAGGAUCGGUGGGUGGAGAUCGCGGCGGUGGCGGCGGCGGGGGCUACCACUCGCCCUAUGGCGGCCUCGGUGUGGAGAAUGGCAUGUACCCCAGUGACUUCAACACAAUGCACGAUUCGGCCAACGGGGGUAACAAUCGUUUCGCAAACACCUCCACUGUCGAUCAGUAUUUUGACUCCUCCGCCGCCGGUAGCGGAGGAGCGUGGUGCCAGUCACAGAUGAGCAGCGGCAGCAGCUACAUGGGCCAGGGGGCAUACCAGAACAGUGCCCUGGAUCAGCAGCAACAGCAGCAGGUGCAUCCAGCGGACGGGCUUGGCCUGGGAAUGGGUGGCGAUGGCGGCAUGCACUGCCCGGUGUCCACCACCCUGCCACCGAUGAGCUCGUUCCGAGCUAGUACUGGCGGUGGCCAGCAGACGCCAGUAAAUACCCCAGCCGUGUUCAACUCGCCGCAGCCCCACAACCACGCAGUACAAGCUCAGCACAGUGCAUUGUCCACGGCUGGACCGCUUGGCCAUCACUCAUCGCUCAACCAUACGCCGCACGCACAUUCCCACGCCCAUACGCACGCCCUGCCACUCCCCCACGCCCACCCACUCCACAGUCAGCAAAACAGUCCUGCGGUGCAGGGUGCGGACGCGUUCAGUGGUGCCGGGAAAGUGGCCGGAGCUGGUAACUCCACGGCGGCGGCCCUGCGUCAGCAGAUGUACAUGCCGGCGGAUCAAAGUAUUAGCAGUUUCGGUUCGAACCCCUCCACGCCUGUCAACUCGCCGCCACCACUGACCCAGUCGGUCGGAGGAGGCGCCGGAGAGCCUUCUGUGUCUGGAGCAGCCGGCUGGGGUCACUCGGUGCUAAAUGGCGGUGGAGGUUCCGGCUACACCGGCGAUAUGGGUCCAGUGUCCAGCCUUCACACCAUGGCCUCGGUGUUCCAGGGUGUGCGCAUGGAGGAGCGUCUGGACGACGCCCUUAAUGUGCUGCGGAAUCAUUGCGAGCCCGAAAUGUUGGCUGGAGUUAAUCAGGCCAUGUCCUCGAUGGAUAAUAUUGAUGCCCUGUCCUCGUUUGUGCCCAACUCGCCGUCGCACCUGGGAAGCGGCGGCGGCGGGAAUUCCGCCUCCGCUGUCAGCAACGCGUCGAACGCCAAUGCUCUGGUGCACGAGGUCCUGGCCAUGGGAGCAUCGGCGGCCGGUACAUCCGGGCAGUCGGUGGGCCUGAAACUGGAUCGAGGCGCAUCCACUUCGCUGCCGAAGCAAACGAAAAAGCGGAAGGAGCACACGGCCAUCAGCAAUGCGGUGCCGGCGGGGGUCUCCACCACCACCUCCAGCCUAACUAGCCUCGACAUAGCUGACACGAAGCCAACCAGCUCGAUUGAGUCCUCGAACUCGGGCGGCCUGCAGCAGCUAUCGCAGGGCGGAAAGGCCUCCAAGCGUCCAAGACGCUACUGCUCGUCGGCGGAGGACGAUGACGAUGCCGAGCCGGCGGUGAAGGCUAUUCGGGAAAAGGAACGCCGUCAGGCGAAUAACGCACGCGAACGGAUCCGCAUUCGGGACAUAAACGAGGCGCUCAAGGAGCUGGGGCGUAUGUGCAUGACGCACUUGAAAUCGGACAAGCCACAGACCAAGCUGGGUAUUCUGAACAUGGCCGUGGAAGUGAUCAUGACGCUGGAGCAGCAGGUGCGCGAACGUAAUCUAAAUCCGAAGGCGGCGUGCCUGAAACGACGCGAAGAGGAGAAGGCCGAGGAUGGGCCGAAGUUGAGUGCCCAACACCAUAUGAUUCCGCAGCCACAGCCGGCUGGUAGCAGCUAUCAUGGGCAACAGCCGGCGCAACUAGUGCCACCAGCGUCUCAGACGAUUAGCAGCAUGACCAUAUCCCUACCCGUCAACCAGGCCAACAGCGUCCUGCCGCCACACUUGCACCAACAGCAACAGCAACAAUCGCAGCUCGGACACGCACAGCUCCCGCAAUAGCAUGCACCGCACAGGAACCCACCUCCUCCUAGUUCGUCGUCAUCGUCGUCGUCCCACUCUUCCAUAAAAACCGAAUGUAUUGAAGGCUCUGCGGCCAAGUACUCAGCCAACUUGGAGCUGGAGAGUCAGGUUUUAAGCAAUAUGUUCUGGCGUUGUCGUCCUCCCAAAUUGCAGCCACAACCCCUACAAAAUGUACAACACUUUUAACACAUAAAAACAUAAAAACUAAAAAAACAAGGAAAACUUAAAAAAAAAAAAAUGAAAGGAAAGAAAAACGAAAAAACAAAACGCCCAAAUGAUUGCCAAUCCACAUACACAAAAACUAAAAAACAAAAAAAAAACAAUACAGAAUUGCUCUUUUUUUAAAAAACGAUUGUAUAUAGCUGUUCCAUUACGUUUAACCUGGGAAGAUCUUUUUCGUUUUUUUUUUAGAAUGUUUUGAUUUAAUAAUUUGUUUUAUUUUGUGCGAUAUCACCGUAGCCAUAUUUUUUAUAUACAAAUACAUGCAUACAUAACGACAUAAUUAAGUGAAAAUAGUUUUAUAAUAAAAAAAAAAAACACAACACAUAGACUUACUUCUAUAUAUUCCCGAGAGCUAAGGAAUAAAUAUGUCCAUAUUAAUACUUUA